AGUGACACUCGCCUCCCUCUGCGGUCCGCGUGUCUUCCAGUGUAUUCCAACAGUUCGUCACUCUGAAAUCUCGGUGGUCUCUCGUCCCGGAGUGAGCCUUGAGCUUCAAUCAAGCGAUGCCAGCAGACAAUCCUGUUAUCGUCAUCGGAGCCGGCGUCAGCGGUUUGGCCGCGGCUAGAGAAUGUCUGAAACGAGGCCAAGAAGUUAUUGUACUCGAAGCGCGGGACCGAGUUGGAGGGAGAACAUUCACCCAACAGGGAGACCAAUAUGGCUACGUGGACAUUGGCGGGGCUUAUGUCGGUGCAACCCAAAACUACCUACUGAGGACGCUACAGGAGCUCAACCUGGCUGAUAAAUUAUACAGAAUCUACGUGGAAAACGACUUCGUUUUCCUUAGCAAUGGAAAACGCUACCUGUUCCCAGCGGAAGACUUCCCCCAUUUCUGGAAUCCGUUCGCUGAAAUGGACGUGAAUAACUUGUUCCGGACCAUGGAUGACAUGGGCAAGGAAAUCCCCAGCGAAGAUCCUUGGAACGCUCCCCACGCGGAAGAAUGGGAUAAAAUGACCUUCAAGGAAUUCAUCGAUCAGACCUGCUGGACGAAGGCUGCCCGUGAGUUUGCCGAAUUCUUCGUUCAGAUCAACGUUACCUCUGAGGCUUAUGAAUCUUCCUUGCUCUGGUUCCUGUGGUAUGUCAAGCAGUGCGGAGGCGUCAAACGUAUCGUCUCUGUGAAGGGUGGAGGCCAAGAGAUGAAGAUGAAGGGAGGAAUGCAGCAGCUCAGUGAAAAAAUGUCCAAAUCUCUGGAAGAUCGUGUUCGUCUCGGACACCCAGUCACCUCAGUUGAGCAGACCGGCGAAGGCGUCGUCGUUCGCUGUGUCAAUGGGGAGUCCUUCCACGGGUCCCACGUGAUCUUGGCCAUGGCCCCGCCGAUGCAGAUGAAGAUACAUUUCUCACCUUCUCUCGGUGCUCUCCGAAACCAGCUGAACCAGAGGAUGCCGAUGGGAUCCGUCUGGAAGCUUCAAGUGUACUACAAGACCCCAUUCUGGAGGGACAUGGGAUAUUCUGGAUCUGUUCUGACGACUCCCUCUGAAGAAUACUCUCCGGUUACUUACACCGUCGACGACACCAAGCCCGACGGCAAGUACCCAUCCAUCAUCGGUUUCAUGCCGGGCGAUCGCGCCCGGAAACUCCUGGCCCUUACUCCACAGCAACGAUGCGACAUGCUCAAGGAAACUUACAACAGAGCCUUCAAGACCACGAAAGCGAACGAUGUCGUCCACUACAUCGAGCACAAUUGGAUGGAAGAGGAGUACACCGGCGGAUGCUACACUUGCAUGAUGCCGCCAGGGCUGCUAACUACCUUCCGAGACACACUCCGCAAGCCAGUGGGAAGAGUCCACUUCGCGGGAACGGAGACCGCUUGGGAAUGGUCGGGAUAUCUCAACGGAGCCAUCAUGGCGGGCGAACGGGCUGCGAAAGAGAUUCUGCACAAUCUCGGUCGCAUUGACAAAGCUACGAGAGACGCUCCCGAGCCCGAGAAUCACCUCAUUCCGAUCGAAGACUUCAGUAACACCUUCUACGAGACGUAUCUCCCAUCGGUACCGGCGUUCCUGAAAAUCGCCGGCGUCGCAACCGUGGCCGGAGCGAUGCUCUAUGUACAUACGAGGGAAUCGGGACCUUGUAUCUUCCUCAAUCUCCUCAGAUUCGGCAAGUUCGGGCAGUAAGCUCUAGUCGUGAUCGAUUUCCCCGGAGAGAGAUGGCGCCAGAUCUCCGGUUGCUCAAUAUUUUUUCAUGUUCUGCGAUGAAGCGUUGAGUCGCGAGCUCAGCAUGCUCCAUCGGAGGGGAGUAAAUUGUUCUGAUUGGAUGCUUCGAAAUAAAAAGAAAAAGC